CGUUCUCGAUCCUCAUUCCAAGCGAGUGGUUCGUUCGCCGAUCACGACUACGACGAAGUAGAUUUUGGUACUCGUAUCAAGGGCGAUGCCACACCUCCAGGACGCCCACCAAGGCGCUGGUGGAAUAUGGCAGCUCCAUGGAAUGCUGACGAGUGGUGGACCCCCGCAGAUUUUUUAUAUCAAGACGAACCUAGAAUUAAACCUGACGAGAGGUUAGAUUCGAUUGGUCCCGGCACGCGGUUGUAUCUCCCACCUAGAGAUGCGACGUCUAAUGGAGAACCUGGAGAAUUCAUAUCCAGGCCAUUGGGUGUCGGAAUCGCGGAAGCUGAGAGAGAAAUAUCGAGAUCCAAGAGUGUUUUUGCUCCCUUUCGACGGCAUUCAUUUUCGCGGCAUACAAUGGUAUGUGAUGAUGACCAAGGGGGAAAUGGCGAUAAGGAGAAGUGCCACAAAUCGAAGGUGCUUUCUCGUUUUACCGGCGCCGAACUAGACGGUUUCAACAGGGCACAGAAGAACGUCGUCCUGGCAUGCCAUUCAAUAAUGACACGAGACGGGCUAACUUCCGAACAGGUGAAAAAGGAUCCCAGAGCAUCCUGCAUUGUCUCAACAGCUGGGACAAUUCUUGAUGAAGCGCUCCCUGCUUUGAAGACUAUCCUGGAGUGUACGUAUGAUGUGGCUUCUCUGGUUCCACUACCGUUUUUCUUGGAGGCGUCGCGUACCCUCCUAAUUAUCUGGGAGGCGUGCGAGCAGCUUUCGUCGAAUCGCCUUUCUUGCCUUCGCAUUGUCGAACGCUGCGCAGGAAUGCUUUACUUUGUGCGUGAGCAGAUCGAAGGGGCCGGCCCCGUCGUUGGCAAGGAACUCGAUGCGGCCUUCCACGUCUUUAGACAAGUUAUCUUCCAAAUCGAGAGGUUUCUCUGUAGAAUCAGCCGCCGCCCAAUGCUCAAACGUUUUAUUAGGAGAGCUGAAAUCGCAAAAGAACUUUGCAAUUGCGAUCAAGCUUUGAUGGAUGCUUGGUUAAGAUUCACUGCGACAGUAUCAGUGAGGAUUGUCAAGAAUGUUUCGUGUCUCGAUGGGAAGAUUCAAGAUCUGGGAUCGGUUCUUUCGGAUAACACCGCAACGCUAUGUGCGGACCUAGCACAUGCGCCAUCAAUUCCGGACCCAGAGACAUCCGCAGCAAGCCAGAAGCGUAACAUAUGUCAUCCACCUACAGAGACCGUCCCAUCUAUGCCAGAGUGUCUGUCGACCGCCGAAGGCGAGGUUUGUCGCGAGCUGCCCCCUAUCUUCCCUGAAGACAAUCCGGAUAAGGAACUCCGUCACGACCAAUUCCAGCUCGAACAUCUUCCUGGCUUUAUCAGUACUGCACUGUGCGAUGCUGACGUCCUCAAUGGUUUGGAGAUUGAAUGGAACGAAGCCGUCGAGAUAAUGAAGGCCAUGCGGCGACAGUUGGAGUCCUUGCGCCAUGCAUUCUCACGGACGACCGCCGCCAGCGACAGUACGCUCGCUGAGAUGGAGCUUCUGGAUGCUAGCAUCGUCUCUAUGUCGAAGCUGCGCUGCAUGCAGGUGCGAGGCGCCGGCAGUGACAACCCUCUUUUGCCAUGGGAACUUCCUUCAUGGACGAUCACGCGAUAUGAGGUCGACCGGUUUGAGAUGAUCGGCCAAGGGUCAUUCUCUAGAGUUUAUGCUGGAUCCUGGCGCGAUAGAUUGGUCGCCAUCAAGGUUCUCCACGACUUUACCCCAGCUUCGACAUUUCGUCGAGAGGUCGAGCUGUGGCGCAGACUCAAACACCCUCAGGUCGUUCGUAUGUUCGGGGCGAGUAGCGCUCAUGGCUCCAAGCCAUGGUUCAUCGUGAGCGAGCUAUACGAACGCGGAAGCCUCGUGGAGUGGUUGCUGACCAUGGCACGCGAUGAUUACGCCACGCCACGCGAAGUGGACCAGUUCCGAUUUAUCUCUCAGAUCGCUGGCGGGAUGGAAUACUUGCAUGCCCAAGGAGUGGUGCAUGGUGAUUUAAAGUGUGCAAAUGUGUUCGUGAAUGCAGAAGGAAACUGUGCCAUUGCUGACUUCGGUCAGAGCGAACUCAAGGAUGAUGCCUACAGGCUGAGCGGGUGUCAAAGACCGAAUGGGACGCCGAGGUGGAAAGCGCCAGAAAUUUUGGAUGGUGCCGCAAGUCCGACAAUGCAAGCGGACGUCUACGCUUUUGCCAUCUGCUGCGUGGAGAUCCUCAAUAUGGGUGGCAUUCCUUAUGGCACCCGAGACGACGAAGAUAUAAAGCGGAUCGUGCUUGAACACGAUGCUCGCCCAGAGGUAUCCGAUACCCCUCUUUCCACGAUUGUCCUCCCAGUCAUCACCUGCUGCUGGGCGCGUGACCCUCGUUGCCGUUCACCAUUUUCCAUGACAGUGUUUUGGCUUCGAGGCUGUCGGAAUUUCUUACAUCCGUAUAGUGCGGACGGCUUAGCAACCCCUUGUACACCGAAUGGUCCCGUGAACUCACCGGUCAUUGGCUUUUUAGACCGUCUCUCUCCUGGCCUUCGAGCCAUUGGUACACCCACUUCUGAAGGCCAUUCUUGGCUAGCACACACUCCAUCCAUGUCCGAUCAUUAUAGCACGUCGUCUGGAUUUGGGUCUGAGUUCGGACAUUCAGAACCAGAUCUAGACUUGCCAAACGUUCCAGAGUCGUCUAUGUCCAGCGGGACAUCAGGUUUUACAGAUCCAAACGCUGUCGGUGAGGCUGGCGCUGUCUUCGAGUACACCACCGACGGUCUCCUUGAGAUGAUGUCCAUGUCCACGUGGGCACGUGCUAUGCGAGACGAGAGGCGCUACAGGCUUUUAGCCAAGGACACCCACGGAUAUGGAGAUUUGUUCACGACGCCUCUUUGGUAUCCGUCACCUAUCGAGGUGGGUGCUGUGGGAUAUGUAUCCAAACCUGACGGGGAGUUCAUAACCCUCUGCAACGUCAUGGAGAUUGGAGGAAAGAAAAAGGCCGAGGGCGACGUGGCAAAAUGUAUGCCUUCCUUGCGGGAUUACGGUAGCAUCAACAUCGGGAAGGCACGUCGUGUUCAUAACAAUGGUUCGAGUAUGCUGAGCAGAUUCAAAUUCGGCGGCAACCGUCACGACGGCGAGAACGUAUCUCGCAGGCAAUCAUUUCCCCUGGAAGCUGGUAAGAAGACAGCUGCGGUCUACGCCGAGUCGUUCGAAAUCCGGGACUUCUCCCAUGGUAGUCUUCCCGCAGUUUCACAGUGGUUUAAAGACAACAUACAAGUGAUCCUGCAAGAAUACGCACCGAAUCACCCUAUCCAGAAAGAAGACGUCUUUCUUGUGACGGGCACCGUAAACGCGCGCGACUACGCUCUCUUUGUGGCGGAUCCCGUGUUGUCAGGGGAGGCAUACUUCAACGUUUUCUCUUCUCGCAAAGCGAACCAUCCAUGGGGCACUUUCACGGUCAAGUCUGAAGGCAAAGAGUUCUUCCCCUCGCGGAUCAACUUUACGAGUAAGGUAUCGCGAAUGCACAAGAUCUGGGAUACCAUACUCCUUGCACGACUUCGCUUCGCGCCUGAUGCAGAGGCGCCGACCUUGAACUAGGAGGUAUCGUUUUUCUCAUCUUAUCCAACGAAUUGGCUACAUACCUUCUUUCUGUUUCCUGUACUGUUACUGUUCCAGCGGACAUAUCGCCGAUUCGUAUUGUAUGUAUGGGUAUGUCAUGUUAUUUUGUAACGAGUUUUGCACGCCUACCAUAUCAAAGCAUUCCGAUUGACGAUGGUAGAAGACGAUGCAAUUGCCACAGGUGAUAACACGUUUCUCAAGGUGUGCAUUGGUAUCAGGAAUGCGUAAUGCGUAGUCCUUGCACCAUACGUUUGCAGAAUUCUCUGAAGAAUUAUAUAUAGUGCCUGUGGCAAAAGGUAAUCAGCCCAACUGCAGCAGACGCUCCGGAAGAG